AUGGAUAUUUUGAGAUAUAAUUCAAUCAUCAUCAAAGCAUGCAUCUACUGGAUUCUGGUAGAGUCCAGAUUUAUUGCACUCAUAGGCGCAUUCCACGUUUAUCAAACGACAGAAGAAAAUUAUCACGAAGGGGAACGCUCGGCGGAUCCGGCUUCAGUUAGACCCUCAAAAUAUCCGAAAAAGCAAUCCUACGGUAGCCAUAAUUUCAUUUGUAAAAUAUUUUACUACUGAUUAGUUUUCAUAUUUGCCCACUGUUUUUUUUUUCAUGUAAGACCGACGUGACCGUCGGAGGUGUUUUGACUUCUAAUUAGCUUAGACAAAUAAAAGGUGUUAACUUUCAACACCUCCUUAGGCGAAAAAAGCACAUAAAUAUCCACAAACUCUUAGGUGUGCCCAUCCCCUCAGAGGGGUUCUGCAGAGCACAUGAGUCAUCAAAAUGACUGAAUUUAUCGCCUAUUAAUUGCAAAGUUGCAACGCAUGGCUAACUUGACUGGAGACUCCGGAUAAAUUAUUGGUUAAAGUUAUGAAGCGUAGUUGUUCCGAGCUUACGCAAAAAAGAUACAUCUUUUGACCUUGGCUCUUUAUGAGACCAAACUGGAUCGAAAUCCCAUGUAAAAAUCAUGUAAACAACUCAAGGGGAAUCAAAAUUAACAAUCAACGUAGCUUGAAAGAUGUACAUUUCGCACGAAUGGGAUAUAGAAAUCGGUGCUUGUGAAGGAAUGCCUAUCUGCCGGCCUACUAUAAGCAUUUUUGCGAGGACCUAUAGUGUUGUCAUUUUCCUAACAGAAGUCAACUUAAAAACGCACUCAGACAAAUUCGAAAUGUCAUUGAAUGCUUCAUAUUUGUGCUGGAUUUUUCCUUGUAUGCCUAUAUUAUUACUGAUCCUAGCACUAAAAGUGAUCGAGAAAUUACAGUGAGGGACCGAUCUAAUGAAAUGUUGGCUGAAAUUCUGAAACGCGUUUUCAUUUAGGAAGGGUUACUUAAUUGCGGUUCUAACAGUAAUUAUCUUGCGGCAUACUCAUAUAACAUUUCGGGCUUGGUAGGAUGUCUACUUUUGAAUACACUGCUUUUCGAUCUCAUGUAGAAACCAUACUCGGUAAAAAAUGACCACUUAUGUAACAUGCAUUUUUCCCAUGGAAUUCCGAUGGUCUUGCGAAUUCAAAUAUACCAUAUAGAAACCAUAAACAAAAAUUUGCUUGCUUUCAGUCAAUUAAUAAAGAAUCACGUCUUCUUUAUAUUUUAUAUUUAAAGAAGGGGUAAAAUUAGGUUUUCAAUAGUAUCUAACUAUGAGAUUUUUAAGAUCUUGCAAUGUCCAUUCACAUAGCAUCGUACCUCGCCGUUUACUACAGCUCCUAACGAAAUGUACAACAUAAUUCUUAUUCAUUGCAAAAUUUUAUGGACUCUAUAUGAUAUCGUUCUAACGGCAUAGAACAAUAAGCGAUUUCCUUUACGCGGAGCACAUGCACCUUGUAGACUGAAAUCACUGAGCACUAAUUCAACGAAUGACUAGGCUUUAAAUUAUUCGCGAAUAAGAAAACUUUUUAAAAACCUACUUUUAUUCCUUCUUCGAGUAUAAAAUAUAAAGAAAACGUGAUUCUCUAUUCAUUGACUGAAAGAAAGCAAAUUUUUGUUUAUGGUUUCUAUAUGAUAUAUUUGAAUUUGCAAGACCAUCGAAAAUCAAUGGGAAAAAUGCAUGCUAUAUAAGUAGUCAUUUUUUGCCGAUUACGGUUUCUACUUGAGAUUGAAAAGCAGUGUAUUCAAAAGCUGACAUCCUGCCAAGUCUGAAAUGUUCUAUGAUUAUGCCGCAUGAUACUUACUCUUACAACCGUGACCAAGUAAUCCUUCCUAAUCGAAAACGCGUUUCAGAAUUUCAGCCAACAUUUCAGGAAAUUGGUCACUCACUGUAAUAAGUGACAAACGCUUUUAUAAGAGGCAAAUACGAUCGUUGGAACAGGGGCUUUAUUUGCUUGACGUCUCGGAUUCUCACUUUAACCCAUAAUCAGAAACGUCUCCGUCACUCCCUCUGAUGAUGUGUUCAGGUGAGGAUCCGAAACGUCAGGCGAAUAAAACCCUUGUUUCAGCGAUCACUUCUACUUCUUAUCAACUGGUUCUUGGAACUCUUAUCUUUGCUUUUAUCGGCAAACAUUCUUGUAUUAAAUUUUGUUGGCUGUUUAUUAUGAUUGGUCAAAAAUAUACAUUGUUAUGGAAGUCAUUCACAACUGGAAUGCAAAUAUACUUAAGCCCCCUAAAAUGGAAGUAGAAAUAAACAAAAUGUGUUUUGCUUUAAUAUACGAAAGAUUAUAUAUCAUCAACGACCGCUUAAGCAUAUGUCUACAACAGUGACGUCCUUGAAGCAGCAAUUUGUGCAGUUCAUACAUGGGAGGAAUUUUUUCAUCUCCAAGAUAAACAUUUGAUUCCCGAGGCAACCUACUUUUACGGCAUUUUAGGAAUGCGAAUGACAAACUUCAGUGAGGGUUUCGCGAAGACCAUCAACAUUUCCGUAGACUACGAUGAUAAUAUAGAGAUGCAAUGCAACCUCCUAAUCUCACCCGACCACGUGAGUUAAAUUUGAAUUAACAGUUUAAAAAUUUGUUGCAGUGGGUCAGGUAGAAUUUCUAAUUAAGUAAACUAGUCUAAGAUAGUGUGCAAAUAGAUUCUGUUCCCUCCUCCUCCUCCUCCUCCUCCUUUGGGUUUGACUUUAAAUCUGUGUGAAUGACUUAUAUGGCUGCCUAAGCUAGACAUGGAAAUGGUAACGGCCCGUUCAAGUAAUAAAGGUGGACUUACGCGUAAUUCGGGAAAGGGCGAAAUAUUGCCGUGUCCUAGUCCUUACAAUCAACAAUUCUAAACUGUUUCCCUGGACUUGAUCCCAGCCCUACCUAAAUCGUAUCUCAGCGGUUAACUCUAAGCCAAAACCUAAACGUGGUCCUGACUCACCUUGCCGUUAACUGUCGCUUAGCCCAAACCCUGACUCCAAGCUUAAAUCUACUCAUAACUUCACUGGAAGUUAACUCAAAGCCACCCGUGUUGCAGGAGGUCUCCGCUUUAGUGUCUUAACGUGAGAUCGUAGAGCCAACUUGCGAUUAUUUCCUGUCUGAAACCCACCAAAUAUCAGAUCUCUUUUGGCACGUAUUCGACCGUAGAAGCUUUGUGCAUAAGUAUCAACCUGGGAAAGCAGUAUUUCUUGUAUCAAAACCAUCAUCAGACACCGUGCGACAACUGUAAAUACAGGUCACCAUAUCAUCCAGCCAAGCAGCUGUUUUCAUUAAGGUAAAGAAAACCAGAAUAACACUUAUGUUCUUAAAAACCUGGCUUUACUAGGUUGUCCAAUCCGUAUCAAACACCAGUUUUACAUGGUUAUGAAAUGUUUCAUCCUUAAAAGUAGGACUUUUACUUUUGUUUAAAAAUAUUUUUGCCAUGUUUGACCUUUUGAAUACUAGUUUAAGUAUCCGAAACAUUCGUUGUCGCACUUGGUGCUUUAAUUUAAAACAGAUAAUCUGGGAGAGGACGCAUCUGCUGUAUCCCCUCGCCGUUGGGCGACAUUUAUUUUCCCCGGACACCAGGCUGCAACUCCGAUCCCCGGCACAUGCGAGGGGAAACAUUUUAAUUAUUGCGAAUGCUACCGCCGCAGAUGAGGGUGAAUAUCGUUGUCGAAGUGCAGUUUCCAGCAGAAAGACGCAAUCGUGCAAGGACUGCAAGCCAACUGAAAUUGUCUUUCGAGUCUUUGUCGGUAAUCGGAUUGUCCAUUAACACAUUCCUCCUGCCGAUUGUAUGGCGUGCACGGAGUAGAUAAAAAACAACUUUCAAAUAAAGCGCAACUGUCCAGUAGAAAAAAAAUAGCACACUAUUUUCAAUAAAUCGCAGAUGCACUUGAGGUCUUAAUUCAUAUACAGGAAACAAAGAAUUUUUUAAAGCAAUUAGGAGAACCUUUGACCGGCGUUCUAGAGUUGACAGCCUUAGCGAGCCUGUUUAGUUGGCAGAUUUUUAGAAAUCACUGGCAAGUGCCUCUGGGAACUUUACCGUAACCAACCUCAGUCAAACCAGUAGUAAAAUCUCAGAACAUGACGUCAACGGCAAGCCCAAAUAGUGAGCAAUGCUGACAAAAUGGUUUUUACUCGAGAGCUUGGAUUGUAAGUAAAGUUUAGAUCAAAAAAUUUCAUUUUCAUUAUCAUUGCUGAGCAAAGUGCGCCCAUAAAGUUUUGCGGUUUGUGGAAGGUUUGGAGUAAUUUUCACGAUCUAGUUUAAUAGUUGUUUGACCCAAAUAUAAUUUGCCAACUGCUUUCUCUUUUGCUUGUAGGGUCAAAAAAUCCCAAAGGCGUUCAGGUCGAUGAACCACAAAAAGAAAGACUCUUAAAAGGAUCAACAGGUAAUCUAACUGAUAUCAUCUUGCGGUUUCUAACAAUCUAAUAAAUGCUCGCAUUUGUAAGCUGCAGAUGUUCAAAUAACCCUUUAACAAAUAAACAAAUUUCAACGAAAGGAGUUUCCAAAAUGUGUACACUAGUGUUUUGAAUGAUUCCGGUAAUGCCGGCUGUUAUGAUGGUUUUAUGCAAUGCAUUCGUUGAUUGUCGUAAACAGAAGAUAAGCAGAUGUGCAUUUUAAUCAAACAUCCCAGCCAUAUUUUAGCAGAGAGUCGGAUCCAAUUUUUACUUUUUACUGGAACCUAUUUUCUUGGAUAUACACAGCAGUGAAUAAAUCUACCAGUGAUUUUUUUAUAAUCAAAACACUACCUUGACAAUUCUGUUAAUUGGUCUCUUUCCUCGUUUUCUGUCCAUAUAUGCGUUUGUUCUUUGUACAAAAUGUAAAGAAAACUACAAUAGCAGACGGAUGGAAAAACAUGACAUUUCUCAAAGCAGAAAAUAUUCCACGAUUCAAUGGAGGGUUUGUAAAUUAUAAAUUGUCCCGAUAACGGUAGAGGACAGCAAUCUGAGUAAGCAAAUCAAAAUGAAAAGCUCUGGAUACAUCUCAAGGCUAAAGGGUGGAAUGGGAAAGGAUUAGCCCAUAAACGCCUGCAAAACGCAAGCCUGGACAACGCAAGCGCGAGCCAUUCCUAGAAGGUCACGCUGGACAUCCAUAAGACUACAAUGUUUGCCAGAUAAAUGUAUAACUUUUUGUGUCAGCAGUAGGCUUUUGAGAUUUAACGAGAGCUCUUGGCAUGGCAACCUAAAUUUUUAGGUGAUAUUAUCCAUAGAAGAAACAGAAGAGCAAUGUUGCUGGUGGCCUCAGAAAAGUAAAGCUACCUAGAUGACGAGAGUUCAUGCGAAGUGAAUAAUCGCGAUCAGAAACAUGCAUUUUACAAAAUUUCUUUGGCGUUUUUCUAUGUACAGAAACGCGGUUGCUGAUUUUUUUUCCAGUACUCUGUGUAUUUUCAAAUUCAUUCGCAUGUUAUGUUAGUGAGGUUUCAUUUAAAAAGUUUAGUUUGUGUUUGUGUCGUUUGAUUUGCGCGCUCAAGGCAGUUAAGUCGCAGCGUGCAGCCCGAAAUGCACUGAAAACAACAAUUCCUUGUCAAUGAAAUACUUGUCCCUAGUUUAUCCUUUUAAGUCGUUGGCUGCUGAGUUCUGAUAUUAUGGCUGUGCAGUAUUAGCAGACAAACAGGUAUUUGGGGGUGAAUUGUACUUUUGUCAGAAGGACUUGGUAGGAAAUGCGCCUCACCCCUCAGGACUCAAAAAUUACUGCGUGUUGUCUACUCUGGAAGGAUCAUGUUUAAGUAUUUUGGUAUCUUGGUAAAGAUUGGCUUCCCUAAAUUAAACAAAAAUAAGAAUCGCAAAAUCAAGAGUUCACGUGAUGGAUCACAAAUACGAGGUUGCAGGUGGAUAUGACAUGUCGUCCGAAAAGGAAUAAUGCGUUGUACCUUAUGUGAAAAGUCAACUGAGCUAUUUGCUGAAAGUCCAUCUGAAGUAUCCUUCUAAACUGAAUGGCAUACUGCAAGAAGCAGCGCUGGCCGCUUAACAUAUUUUCAAGAACUUUGGAUUUAGUUAUUGGUGGCUAGUCAGCAAAUGUUAUUUUUGAUAUGCGCCAAAAAUAUUGGCUUUAUGUAUUGUAAAACAACUAGGAUAACGCCUUAUUUUGAUAAUUUUGAGCAAAUACUAUGUUUGCGAAUUUAGAAAUUUAAACAAUACGCACAGUCUUAAUUAUUUUUGUCACUUUACAAGUUUAAAUCUCCGUUUACGAGUUAGAUCGCAUACCGCCAGAAUGCUUUCCUAGUCCUUUCUCGUGCUGUUGAAAGAUCGGCAAAUUUACAUUCCAAAGUGCACUUUAUUUUGUUUUAAAACUCACAACUGAUUUUGGGGUAUGAUGUCGCAUUUUUAUCCGCACAUUGCGCAGAAUACCCUCAUGUAGUACAAAUAGAUUCAUAGUCGAUAACGGCUGAGAGCACUUCGAUAUCACCAGCUUUGUUUGCGCACUUAUAAAGUAACUUUCUCAAAUGUCAUUUGCAUCCAUUUACCCCUUCUAAACAUUAUCCAAAAUAUUAGGUUUCGUACAAUGUGCAUCAACUAAUGCGUGCUCCUAUGACAAAAGGUACGUUAGUAUAUGUCGUACACAGCGUAUUACGUCUUCAGGGGUGAUUACCGCAGAAAGACGUAGUUAACUUGCGCUUACGAAAAUAGUCUGGCUGUUUUAAAUGAAAGUCCGUCUCUGAAAAAUAGUAACCGACGGAGUCACAAAGACCGAAGUGGUUAUAUUUGUGUGAUUAAUCUUAAGGAAAAUAGUAAACUUUGUUGCGUUUUUGAACUCAACAUCAGCGAGUGUCUUUUGGUCUUUACAUGCUUUCUUAUAAACGCAAACAACAUGUCUGCUUGGUUUUGCAGUAAACGGCGCAGGAUUUGAAACCGAAAUAUGGAUCGUCAUGUUAUUGGCAUAGAUAAGGAAUGAAUCUAGCAUAGAACUGGAUGAGGCAUCAAGGCAUCUAUUCAAAUUCAUAUGUCCGUUCGGAAAAAGUUGUGUUUGGACAAGGACAUUCUGUGGGCGAAGGGAGACGCUACUUAUUGAGGUGGAGAACGAGAAUAAUGGGCAAGGGUGAAUUAUGCGACUUCCAUGAGUGAACAAAUUUUACGUCACCGAAGCAACUUACUUCCAUGCCUUUCCUAUAACCAACGCUUCCAUGCUCUUGCAAAUUGUCGGAAUGUUAUCUCCCUCUUCUACUGAAGGCAAACUGAUGAAGUUGCAGAAAAUGCUCCGUUUUUGCCUGAACUGUCGGAUACUUUGAUAGGUCCAUCAUUUUUCUUGGAUCCGGUUCCUGAUAUGAGUGUUCUAGCGUAAGCAGUUGUGCAGAACUUCGGCGCGCGCGAACUUAAUUUGGCCCCUCAGCAUUUAGCUGAAUGUCUUCCUGUCAUCGCGCUCUCCUUUCAAUAAUUUAGCCUCAUCGAUAAAACCCGUAUUACAUGAUGACCUGGUUUCAUCACCUGAAUGGGGUUGCAUACUACGUCCUUUCUGCAUAAUAGAUUAAAAUGACCUAGAGGGAUGGUAAGAGCGAACAGCUAUCUGUGCUAUUUCGUACAAGUGGGUGGAGGGCAGAAUCACACCGGUAUUGAAUGAUAACGGGUGCCUUGGUGUGCCAGGAAUAUUUUAGAAGCCUCAAACUGCUGUGUCGCAUUUCCGUUCUCGACCUUCUGAAGACUUACUUUCUUCGACUUUCACCAAUGUUGCAACAAACGAGGACGGUGAGAAAGCCCAUCUGCUCGUUUUCUUCCCUUCACAUUCCCAGGGGAAUGGUUGGAAUAACGGUGUUGAGAUGUUUUCUAAAUUUCAACAUCCAAUCGCAUCGAUGAUGCCUACGUUGUCAUCCCCAUACCGGGUCCACAACUUUAUUCUUGGAUGUUGGAAUUCCAGUGAAUCUGACUGUCCCAUAACGCAUUGGUGUGCCCUCUGGCAGCCCGAAGAUUAUUUCAUUGAACAUGUACUACUGUUGAGGCUUAUGUUAUGUCCGUUUCAUCAAAUUCGAAAAUUCAAAGGCAAGUCGGUGGUCACGACCGCCAGAUCCCCGGAGGAAUGAAAUCAAGAAGGAUAAGACAUCAAGAAAUAAUAUGACCUCACUUGGUGACAAACAUAACUGUUUAAGUAAAAGGGUUCGUAAAAGGAAUCGAGCCCAAGAUACACCUCAUCUCGGGAUUAUUUACGUCUGACUGACGACGACUAAUUAACCAGAAAUGGCCAUUCCAACCUCUCUUGUCUCUGUCGAUAAUUUAAUUAUACCUAUAUUAACCGUUUCUCUCCUCUAAGAAUCGUUUUGGUGAACAGACUUCGUUGCCGAAUCAGGAACCAGGACUGAAACCUCAGAAUAACCCCUUUGCCAGUCUGUAACUGACAGAGACUUUUACUGAUAUGAUUAAGUUCUGGGGACCGCCUUCUUUAUGCAUCUUGGUACGGCCACUGGAAAGGCUUAGGACAUGAGUCAAAAGAAUAUACCUUAAGAUAGCAGUUUCGUCUGCGUACCAUCAUAAAGCUUGAUUUUCCAAGUGUAUGAAGUUCCGAAGCCCUGAAGAUAAGAUCAGUCAUUGAGAGCAUACGUGGUAGGAAAAUGAACGCGCUCUGCUUUGCUCUGCAAAGUUGGCAGCGGCAGUUAGGGUUUCAAUCGCCGAACAGGAUUUCGCAUAGGGUAGACAUUAAUGGUCUGUUUGAAGAAUGUCGCGUCGUGCUUAAUGAGCAACCGAUCCCUUCAAUCGAAAAUACCGUCAGACACAGUUUCGGUCGCUGAGAGGUAUAAUGACUGUCUGGAUGAUUGGACAUGCAUAUUUGCACUGAAAUGAAACUCAACCUACUUAUUUGGCACCUUAGGAUGUCCAUUCUAAGCACCAUUUUGCGUUUAGAAACUUGAGUGCUGUGAUAACUGGCGAUUUUGCAGAGUUUUGGUAAGACCAUCGAUUUCACACUGUAUACAGACUUGACUCCAUACUUUGAGUGAGACAAUGGGCAUGGGACUUGUACAUUCUUGCAAAUAUGACGUGAGUUAACUUAUCGUUUGCGUCACUGUACGUGCAAACAUCGGUAUUUACAGCUAGCUAUUCCUGGUCAUGUUAUUUGUUAUGACAUAGGGCUAAAUUUUAAAGGUUUUUUGACCUUGCGUGUAUCAAAUUAGAGGAUCUUCCAUAAUUUGCCAAUAUCAGGGGUAAAAAAUACCAAAAUAUCGUACCCCAGAAACUGGGAAUCCUGUGGAACUCUACUUGGUUGGUAAGGCAGUUUUUGAUCACCCCGAAUUGAUCUUAUGCAUAUCACAAUUAUACAUAUAUCCCUAGUCAUCUGAGGCGACUUGAAUUUCAGCAUCGUUGUUGAAUUCCUAUUGGGCCUUAGGGAACAGUCGUAAGUUUACCCUCACGAGCUCUUUUCUAACUGACUUUUAUUUUUUACACCAAACAAUUCUUUUGAAUUUUAUGACUGACUGAAUCAGUCAGUGUCCUAAGACGUCAAUUACACUUUGGCUCAGAGAACCCGUCUCCAAUUAACUGAAAAUUGCAAGUUUUGCUCUGAUCCAUGUAGUAGUCUUAGAGGGCUAGGUAAUUCGGUCCAAUGAAACAAGAAACAUUUGAUAAUCUAACCCGCAAGGCAUGCGAGUGCAUUGUCGUACGACUGCAUCGAAAAGUAAAUAAAAUAAAACAUGGAAAAAUUGACGACAAGGUUUGUAUUAUAUAGUGCAUAUGUAAAGUGUGUAUUAAUUUUGCGAAAUGCAAUGAAACAUACAAUAUAUGAAACAUGGCAUACACACAAUAUAUUACAUAUAAUGGUGAGUCAGGCAUGAAAUAUAAAUGCAUAAUUUAUAAGCAUUUAAAAAAUGCGGAACAGCUUUUAUAUGUAAUUGUUUAAUACAACUAACUUGGACGUUCCAGCUGCAAGCGAUUAAUAAUAAUAAGCGGCAUCAGCGAUGAAGUUUUCAAACAAGUGUUCUACUCGCGCCGCGGUUGGUAUUACCCUAAAAGCUUUGGAAUUUCGAAGGUUUUCUCUUACGUUUAACCCCGGCCUGAUUAUAGAGGGUAGUUUAUGAGACAGUCAUAUUCUUGAGCACUUUUCAUAAAUGAAGUGGUUUACCGGGUGAGCAAGCAGGAGUCUUAUCUUGCUGAUUGUUUCGAAUCAAACUCCGAAGCCGCCUGAAUAUAGUGGUAUGUGUCGGCGUGUCAUCAGAGAGCUGUACCGUCAAAAAAUUAAUAAUCACCACAAAAUCAUUUCCUUGUUUCAUAUAAGGAUUACGACUAGUCACAUUAAUCAGCCGACUAAAGCACUCUAAUCGUUGCGGUGUCAACGUAAGAACAAAAAACGAGCAAUCAUAAUUAUGACAUUACAACAAAUUUUUUCUGCUUGUGCAAUAACUUAAUCAUAAAAAAUUAAAACUCCGAAUUAUCUACAGCAUUAGUUUUAAAAUUCGGGACUUUAGCAGACAAAGCCUACCUUAUAUUUAUUUUAUUUUCCCAGUCAGAUUGCUUAUGGGGUUCAUUGAGUGCGUAAGCCGGCGUAGGGUAAAUCCAAAUCGUAUUAAAUAAAUAAGCUUAGAGGACGCCAAUCACAGCCGGGCUUAAUGAGGAUGUUUUCAUGUUACUUAUUCUAAUUCAUUUUAUGUAGCUAGAAAUUUGAAGUCGAAAAUUCAACUUGUUAACGAUUUUUCGUUUGUGCAUUCGGUUGCGAGUUUAAGGUCAAAUUAUGCGACAAUGCAUAUUUUACCAAAAAACUGAGUUGCUGUUUCUUUUUCCGUCUCAGUUAAAUAAUUCCAUUCGUGAACCUUCAGGUAGUCAGAUGUCUGCUAUUAAAGUAUUAAGAAGCCAGGAAUGGGAAAGCAGACGGCGACCUUAACCCUAAUCCUAACCCUAACCAUACCAUCAACCCUAAAUGUUAACCGUUAACCUUAACGGUAACCCUAAACCUAACGGAAAUCGUAAACGUAACCGUAGCCCUUAGACAGAGCCGCAACUGAGAAACCUAACCGUAAUACUGAAACCAAUUCGAACGCUUAAACCCUAACCGUAACCCUAAAACCUAAGCCUAAAGGCAUAAUCCUAACCCGAAAAUCGGAAACCAUUAACCGGUACCCUAAUUCUAACCUCAAACGUACAACAAAAGCCAAAUGGGUCAGAUGUGAUUAUGGAACCCCACAAAAAAGCCCCGGUUAACAAACCCUGCAGCCACCUGUAAUACGGGGCCUGGCUACCAACUGCGAUCUGGCCGAAAAUUUAUUUUGCGCUCAGUGGUUGACGGACGUCACGGACUCAAUUACCCUCAUAGCAUUCAAAUCUCUACAGGAAACUUCUCUUCACCUGUAUAUGUCAGAUAUCUGACUAUCAAAACGUUGAGUCUGCGACGUACUAUAACGUUCGACGAUUUUAAAGGACAGACUUUGUUUUGUUUCGCCUUAUUCACCUGCCUACUAUGUCUCCUGCACGUAUCUUUCAAGAGAAGAACUAUUUUCUGUCUAGAAUCGUUUUUAUGUUGUGAUCCACCUCUUAAUCAAAAAUUAAUCUAGAUCCUCAGAAUACUGUGUAGUAUGUUAUCUAAAAAUAAAAAUGUAGAUCUAUCGGAUGCGUGCUAUGGGAGAUUUUGAAUUUAAAACAGUCACAUAUGUUUUCGUUAAAAGGCACACCUUUAGCCAUCCUUCACUUUUAAAUCAAGUCGACCUAAAUCCCGUAAAGAUAACUUUGCAGGAUUCAUUUGCCUCCUUUUCGGGGAAAGUUGUCGCCAUGUAUUCAAGGGAAGCAGGCGUUGGGUCUCUACAUGCAGUCAGAGUUUUAUUGCUGUUAGCUGUGGGGUGAUACAUUUCCGAGUUUUCAGCGAGCGUCCGGCUUACAUCCAUUCUGUACGCUUUUAGGUCCUUGGAGUGGAGUGCCUGUCAUAUACUUUUAUUUUCAAUACUUCCAUUGAAUACUUCAAUAGUUCUAUUGAGUCUUUGGUUAUUCCUGCAUGCCAGUUUGUCAAUAUCGGGACAACACAGAUAUCAACAGGCAGGCAUUGUCUGAGAUGAUAUUUUAAGUAUUUCCUUGUUAGAUUGUUUUAACACAUUAUUACGCGCCUACUGCAAAGUGCAUGUCUUAAACAGAGAACACAUGACACUGAAAUAAAUGAACAAGUGUUAGCAAAUGAGAGAUGUUGUUUUUAAAUAAGCCAACUGAAGUUGGUUACCAUUUCGGUUAAAGUCCGGCAGCCUCACAAGCUGCGGGUGGUAGUUCUGAAAUGCCCUGUAAUUAUUGAAGUGGACUGAGAUCUCUGCUAAGCGAACUGAGACAUUAUUUUUGACUUACAUGAGUUUAAAUCUGCUAAACAAUAUGUUCUUUUACCGAUCAAAUACAGAGUGCGGUAGCAUUAAAUAAAUAAGACAAAAUUGUCAUAUUUUUUCUUAUAUUACGCACAGUGGAUUGGCUAUGACAAAAAAUGUUAACCAAAAUUCUAAAAUUCGUUUUUGGUUGGAAAAAUUGCUUAAGUGGGGGUGUGAUGUCCAUAACUUUGUAGCAUAAUCCAAAAGGAUUUCGGACAGGACAGAAUGUUAGCUUCCAAAACAGCAUUUUUGGCUGUCCAUAAAAAUUGUACUCUGUAAAAAAAUCGCUAUAUGUCUAAAAUUUUGCUUAUCAUUUUUCAAGGCCCCUAAAAGGUCAACUAUAUUUCAUUGAAAACGUGCACCAAAAUAAUCCUUCCUCUGUAAAAUUCGUUCUUGAAAAUGGUUUGUUUUUGUUUUAAAGAAUUUCUAAUUAUCAGAUCUAUAAGGCCGCGAAAUGUUGAUAUACAAAAUAUUUUAUUUUUGCAUUAUGUAAUGUUGGUUGUAAAGUACUAAUUCGGUUGUUAUUCAUAACAGAAUAUUAUUAACUUCAAUGGUACCUUUUUAAAGGCGAACAUAAGUGCAUUGAUUUUCUUGCACGGAAAAUUAAUAUCUUGUUGUACUGAAACACUAAAUAUAGGCGUGAUGGCAUUCGGGUGCAAAUGUAUUUGGGAAUUCAAAAGUGUUUUUCAAAAAAUUACGCAUUUCAUCGGAAAAAAUAAUAGAGAAGGUAACGUACUAGCAAAUUAGUAAACAAAUUAUUUUUGGCAUGUUUUCUACAAAAUAUAGUUAAAUUUAUUGCGGAAUGGAAAGUCAAUGGGAGGAACGCAUGUUAUGCAAGAAGCCCUUUUUUACCGAGUAAUUAGCCCACAGAUAGCCGGAACGAAGCUCGGUCAAAUGUCCGCACCACAGUAUGACUGAAAUAUUUUGAGACUUCUAUACAAUCAUUGGUAUUACAGCCCUACCUAGAGUUAGACCUUCUUUUCCCUAUUUAGUGCGGAUAAUUGGGCCGAAAUUGGCUUUCUACGGGCUGCCUUUGGAGCUAAAAUGCAUCGCCAACUUUACCUCUCCUGAAGCCAAAAUGGACCCCGGCAAUGUGCUUGAGUGGUACCACAAUGGCAUCCGCAUACGCAAUGGACGCCACCAUAUUGGUCGCGCCUUAAUAACCCGACGAUGGAUUGAUUCGUAUCUCCUGGAGUCAAGACUCAUACUAACGUGGGUCUCUGAACGCGAGGGCGGCAUGUGGUUCUGUGUGAAUCGAGGACAGCAGGUGCGAUCUACGGCAGAAACCACGGAAUGUAACAGCUCCCAAGCCAUUGACGGCCCUACAACUGCACCCCCCGUCAAUUCGUCAACUAGGACACUUUCUUCGUCUUCACACUUCGAAACUGGUUCGGCGGAAAUAUCGUAUGAUCAACUUUUCAUACGAAUCAUGGGUAGGAUUGCCAUUUAUUCCUCGAUUUCAUGCUUGUUGUAGCAAUAAGAUUUGUAUUUCUAAUUUAUGCAACACGCCGCAUAGUUUUUUUUGUAGCAUGCAUUAUAACACUUUCUUGAGUCGUACGUUGUGCUUCUGGAGUCGUUAAGAAUCGUAACUUCAUUGAUGUAAAACAGGAUGGUUUUCGUAUUUGUUGCUGGUUAUGGUCACACCUGUGUUAUAAAAUUAGGCGUACAUUAAGAAAUACAAAAAAUGCCCAACUGUUGUAGCUUCUGAUAAUUUUAAAACCAUGUUUCUGGGCCAACGCGUACAUAAAGUAUUUCUGUUGUAUGUAAGUAAGGACAACACGCUUUAGCUGGUAAUUGGGCUAUUGAUGUUUUAAUGAGAUAAACAUAGUUGUUGAACAAAAAUAUUCAUAAACCCGAUUUCCCCUCAUGUCUGAAUUUCCACCUGUCUUGUAAGUGAUCAAUUACUGAAUUACUGGCGUAACACAAAAAAGAAAUGUUUUUAAGGGACUCGAAUGGAUCAUGAUUAGGUUAAGAGUCUUUUGAAUAUUUAAUUCCACAAAAAGUGGGGUUAAAGUCAAACCUUUGACGACUUGAUUAGAACGGAAAAGGAAGAGGAAGAGAACUACCCAAUCUCCGGAACCAUUUUUACUCCUCUGAGCUUUUGAACUCGUACAGGAGUCCAUCGUCAGGAAAACGCGGAAGCAGAACAAGCAAAAGUUAUGAGCAGUUGACUGCAAAGAGUUCUGUAAACCGGUGCCAGUUCAAUACAUGGAUUGAUUGAGUCCUCAUAUGAUUCGCAGGCUAUAAUCAAUUGUUGCCUUUUGACUCCUGAGAGGACAAUCACCUUAGUGACUGUAAAGUUCAACUUGUGACCCAAAACUCCCAUACGCAGCAAGAUCAAUGAAAUCAGGGACCGAUUAAAUCCCAGCGAGCGUUCGAGUGUCUUAUAUCACAUUCGUGCCCAAACUGCCCUUGUAACUAUACAGGUCAGUCUUGACACAUGGUUGGGUUGCGCAUACACGUACAUACGCUAUCUAUGCAAUCGAGUGACGAAUUAUUACGUAUAGGGGAUCACAUGUACGUAACGCGAAACGACAACAAGCGAUAUUCGAUUGAGGCCUGGACCUCGCUGAGAACUCAAUCAAUCAAUACAUCGCCCUGGUGCCGGUAUACGGAACUCCGUGCAAUCAUCUUCGGGAUUGCGUCACUGUUGAUUGAUUGGCUCAUACUCUUUACAAAUGUUGCACGUUCUGCGCGCCGCUUUUUCUCCGACGACGGACUUCUGUAUGAGUUCGAAAGCUCACAGGAGUAAGAAAAUAGUUCUGGCUAUUAAAAAGCGUUCAAGCUUUUCUAUGUUUAUAGAAAUAUCAAUAUUAGCUUUCACCACAAAAUGAACAAAAGUUCAAAUGGCGUUCCGAAGUAGUCUAUCUUGAACUGAUAUGUUUUUAUCUUUCGCCCUCUCGGUCUUUUGACGGAUGCUGCCUAAAAGCUUGCAGCACAAAGGACUUUUCCAACAUCACUAGUGAAAAACAGUUACUUUCUAAGUUGACAAAAACAGUUGGUUACUUAACCUUUCAAAAACUUACCUCUCUCCUCUUGUUUUAACGCAAAUCUUUGUAAAACCUUGCUACCAUGCCUACUGCCACCAAAUAACCCUCCAUCCUGUGUUUCACUCGAAUCCGUUUAAAGCUAAAAUGGUGAUAUUCUCUGUAGCAGAAAGAAACGCUAUUGAGUGAUCCAAACCGCAAAAAUACCCAUUGUGAUGCCAAGCACGUUUGAAUAUCGUGGCCCAUUUCGGAGACAGAAAUGGAUAAAGUCCUCUACAUUUUAACCUGUGGACUAGUCUUUCUGAGGUAGCGGACUUUAUUGUCAGCUAGCCGAUGAACCUAGGAACCGUGAACGUUUAACAUAAAGGUCACUCAAGCUUCAGGCCUUAUCGUAGAUUAUCUUAAACGCGCAUUUCGUUUUAGUGCGAACGCGUUUUCCUAUAUUAACCGAUUGGUAUUGUCAUUAAAGCAUGACUGCUGAUGGAGACGGCGAAAGCGCGAAAACAUUUCGGCUCAGUGCUUUAAAAUUAAUUCCGACAAGCCCCAUGCUGACCUAAACGAUUCCAGGUUAGUCGGUGGUGAAAAAACGUAGUUAAGUUUAAAUUUUUUUGAAGGGAUGACCAUUAAAUUUUGGUGUACAUAGUGACACUUACAGGCACUGGGUAGGCGUCUUCAUCGGACAACCAGUUGCACUUCUGCGGCAUCGCUUUGAAAGGUUCGAGUAGCCUGAUGCAAAGAUCAAAGGGCAGGGGAGAUCUCAUUUCAACCUGGUUAACAUGACGGAGAAUUUAGAUUUUUGCCAGAAAUUUGAAAAUAAUGUACACCGAACGGGAAGCAGAAUAGAAGGCCAGCAAAAUGUAUGGUUUUCUGUUUCAGAUGUAAUCAAACGUUUAAUACUUUUUCCUUGCAUAAGAACAGACCACAUUUGCGGGCGGAGCAAUCAUAUUUCAGUAUUUAGAAGACGAAGAUUCGAUCACUGGAAAAAGAAAUUUAUUGGCCUGACGUUUCGGUUUCUCACUCGAAUCCAUCAUCAGAGACAUUCUCAUUUGUUUAUGAGACGUGGUGAUCCUGAAUCGAAAAUAACUGGCCAUAUUGACACAAAUAAUAAGGUUUUGAUGAAGACAGUACAUUUUGCACCAAUCACUCCAAUUGAAACGCACUCAGAGAAUUCAGUUUAUUGGUCUACACGACACUACAGGCUAGCAGAGAUUUAAAUUACCUAAUGCAAAAAAACGUUAUUGUGGCCAGUAUCCAUAGGUUUUAAAUGCUGCAUUUAUUAUAGAACCGUGGGGCAUUAGGCGUUGAGAUUGAUUCAAUGAUAACUAUUUUGAGAACAUUUUAAAAUAAGAAAUUGGACUCCACAACAAAUCUCUUUCAGAUUACUGAAGACUGUGGCCAGAAGACAAUGGGAAUUCUACUUAAAGUUUACAACUACGAGAAAUUACUUAAAAAAUCGACUCGAAAAUGCCAAACGUCUGUUAAAAUUCCACUAACUAAAUACUUAAACAGAUUUUGUGCAUUUAUUGGCCUUUUUUGCGUUCCAUAGACAAAAUAGCAUGCCACUUUUUUAAUAGUACUAAGGAGGUUUUCACUCGAUAAACUGCACCUGAUAGCCAAGCAAGGAUGAUCGGUAAACAAACAACGGAAAAAACAUGUUUUUUCAGUUUCAGUUUAUUUGACGGAAAUAUGGAUGAUGAACCUUUGAGCUUCCUAUUUGUCAUAAGGAUAAUAAUUUUGGUCCUCGCAUAUUCUUGCCUUCUGUUCUCGGCCAUUUUCAUUGCCCCUGAAUAUUUCGCUUCACGGACCAGGUUUUUUUAAAGGCCCUCUCUACAAGAGUGCCUUCGUGACUUACCGCAGCUACUGAUGGAAACCAGGGAGAUAUAAUUUUAAAUGACCAAUAUAAAUUAUUGAAAAGUUACCCGAUACCUCUGUGCCUAUUUAUCUUUGCUCCUCCAUGUCUAGGGUUUGUGUAAAGUGAUUUUACAUUGGUGAAAAUCUGUGCGGGAAGAAACAUCAAAUGCGGUACCAUGUAAUAAGACCACUUUAGAUGUCAUGGGUCAGCCCGAAAAUUACAGCAGUUCCGCGUGAGGUUUCUGUUUAAAAAUUGUGUACGAAUUACGCCCUCACUUCUAUUUUGCAGUUUAAUUUGUCAAACGUCAGUUAUGCCGGAGGCAUUCAAAUGUACUUAUAAUCACACCUACAAUUAGAAGGUAAAACGGACAUAAGCCUAUCAUUCCGUGCAAUUUACUUCUGUUCCGCGCAGGCCUGAAUGGAUUUUGCAAGCUGCUUGGAAUUUCACUUGUGUGCGAAUUUGCGUGGUAGCAGAUUGCAUAGAAUUCUCUAUUUUAGAGUCUGAAAUACUCUCCUGUAAAACAAAAUUAGACCCCAAACGGAUAAGUUUCCUGGAUGUUUACAUUAUGCACGAAGGGAGAGGGUCAUUCGAUUUCCUUCCAAAUGCGUGCUUAUUGAUUGUAGCUCCCUUAUGAUGUAUUAUACAGUCGAAAGCUGAAAGGACUUUGCUCAUCUCAACUAACAGUAAUUCGGCUUUAAUGUAACGUCUACAAUCGUCCUCCAGUAUCGGUUCGAUGAUAUAAAACAUGUGAAUACUUCGUCUAUAGCAGGCGGAGUAAAAACUGGUUGUAUUCUCUUAUAUGAAUAAAGACUUUAGAGGGAGUGAGAAUCGGUUGGCGUGCAGAUAAAACCAAGCGCCAAAAAGCUCAUAAUUGCCUUAUUGCUCAGAAGAUAACAGGCCUGAAAAUUUCCAGGAGUAAUGUCCCAAAACAUUUAUCAAUAACUUUGUAUGGCUAGAUCGCAAAUGGUAGCCAGGAAUGGUGAAGCAGACGGCGACCUUAACCCUAAUCCUAAUCCUAAUCCUAACGCUAACCAUACCCUCAACCUUAAAUGUUAACCGUCAACCCUACGGCAACCCCAACCCUAACCGAAAUCGUGAACACAACCGUAGCCCAUAGACAUAGUCGUAACAGAGAAACCUAACUGUAAUACUAAAAUCUAUUCAUACGCUCAAACCCUAACCGUAACCUGAAAACCUAAGCCUAAAGGUAUAAACCUAACUCCAAAAUCGGAAGCCAUUAACCGGUACCCCAAUCCUAACCUCAAACAUAAAACGGGAGCCAAAUGGGUCAGAUGCGAUUAUGGAGCCCCACAAAAUAGGCCCAGUAAACAAACCCUCCAGCCACCUGUAAUACGGGGCUUAGCUACCAACUGUGAUCUAGCCCUUUGUAUAUAAGAGUCAUAUGGAUCUAACAUGGAUAUGUCAGCUGAGCAUUUUAACUGAUACCAUCGACUCCGAUGUAAAUCUAUGUCAUCUUUUUUUACUAAUUACUGUUUUUUAUGACCCCUAUAUUUGCUCGCGUUCGCUGGGCUAUGGUUUUCGCGAUUUGAUUCAAUCAAACGAGGUAAAUUAAAGAGGCUAACAAAUUUGCGCAGUAAUUAAAAGAUGUCUGUACAGAGUAGAAGCAACCACACUCAUAUCAAUCGAUAUAAAAUGGCUCUACAUCAUGUGGGAACAUAUGCCAAUUUAAUAGGGAUUAAGUAUAUUCGCGGGGUAAGAAAAAAUUAUGAAGAACUACCUACUAUAUUUUUUCAAGAAGGCGUUGCUCUGCAGAGUUUUAGAUCGGCCCUUUGUCGACAGGAUGGCACUUGCUGAACCAUACCGUACACAGGGGCCGGCAUUGCUGAAAUGUCGACAUUGGUUUACUGUUCCCCACACCCAACCCCUAAUUCUUUAGCAAGAGUAAAGUUCGAUUUUAAAAAAUCCGGCUCGGAGAGUAUCCAAGUUGUAAAAAAACACUUGAUAUAAUUCUAGAUUGAAUGCACACGUCUACCAGUAUGGCAGGGUUGUUAACACGCUAGUGACUGUUUUAAACAAAGGUUGGCAUUUUCUUACCCCGCUCACACAAUCAGUCUUUGCCCUUUGUCUUUUUACAAAUGACCUGCGCCUGAAUGUCCUCAUAUCCGAAUUAAAAUGAAUUCAUCUAUUAGGGCGGAAGAGCACGUCCAUCAUAACCAAUUGGCAGACUAGACUGAAGCCUAUAACAACAUUCACUGAUGGGUGCCACUUCAUCAUGUGAUUCUGGCGAAAGCUACAUAUAUAAUAUAUGUUAGUUUGAUACGAGAGGUCUCUGAUAGGACCGAGUAGGCAACAAAUUUGGAAAAUGACUUCUUUGGGGAUGUGUACCCAGACGCUAACUGCUUAUCGGCUUCCACUAAGGAUUUGCCAAAAUAAAACAUCCUGCUUAUUUAAGAACAUUUACAGUCAUCCAGUAAUAGUUACUUCUAAUACAGGGCUAUUUCGGGCCUGUUCUAUGCGUACUGAUUUACAGGUUAACGAUUCGAAUUUGCAGUUCAAACCUCCUAGAGCAUAUGCCUUCGUAGAGUGGCCAUCAGUAGGCUAGAAUAAAUCAGCUCCGUCGUCAUGGAAUUGAUAAACAGCUUGAUUCCCCCCUGCUUUUAGGCAUUCCGAUCACUCCCGUUCCGGAACACGGUAAGCUGUUGCAUACCGAGCAUGUCUGCCCAAAAGCAUGCCGUUUUGGCAAAAAAUGAGAGCCCAAAGGCCUUUCAGCAGUCAACAUAUGUUGCUUUAGCAUGUUCCCAUUUUUACAAACUGCAGUUAGCUGAAAACUACUCUAGUCUUUUGCGGCAGUCUUAUAUUUCCAUAAAACUUGGGUAUGUUUCCUGACUGCGGCUGCGCAUGGGCCAUUAUGGUCGUAGAAAGUGAAAUGUCUCACUACAUUUUGAUAUUUUAAGCAAGUAUUAACGUCUGAACGCCCUUUUUGGCUUUCUACUUUACGACUGACAUUUGUUUGUUUGAACAAUUUUGUAAAAACCAUUUCGAAUUCACAAUGCUCUGUCUGACCAUUUUGAGGUUAUCGUGAGGUUUAUCGUUGUAAAAGGUAAAAUGCUUAAUAAACCAUGAGUAAGGGUGAAAUAGAAAUCCCACGUGCAAAAAACAGGAAACUUUGCAACUGAAAAACUAAUUUCCGCAUGUCCGGGCUACUUGAUGUCUUCAAGGGGAAAUACUUCUCCCUAGUUACUGAUUACACAUCAUACGACGGCCCUUAUUUAUCGCAAACAAGUACUUCCCACUGAAUCACUGAUCGAAAAACAGGCCGAUAUAAUCCCUCAAUAUAGUCUGAAAAGCGUCUGCAGACAUUUCUGGAAAGUUUACUCAAGAGGAAAUACUCAGUUCGGUAAGGAAGAAAAUUAUUUAUCUUAGAAUGCAUAACUAAGAGAAUCAGGUAACAACGAGAUUGCUUUUAAUGGAUUUAUUUACAGUCAUUUGGUGGCGGUCUCUAAAUCUAAUUUGCCAAUGUACUCGUUGUUCCAAAUUAGUUCCAAAGGGUUAUUGUGUACUCAAAGCAAAUGCCCUUGUCAUUUGAGCUUUAGUUAUACCAGAAUUUUUAGUUAGAAUGUUGGUGGUACAAUACGAAAAAUAAGACUGAAACAGCUGUUUCAAUACUCUGAUUAUGUGUUGAUUAAACUGCAUGGUCGUUCUUUCCUAGGCGUUAGUCGACAUCCCGAUCGGUACCUAGACUGGAAGAUCUGAACCAAGACCGAGGUGACACUAAAAGUGGUGCCUGGUUUUCUUGAGAAUAGCUUAAUAGAGAGGUAACAAUCCGGAGAUGGCACCCAAAAAAAUCCGCCUAACCACAGCAGCCUGUCUUACGGAACAGGUCGUAAUAGGGGUUUUAUGAGUAAUGACUGGUCGAGAUGUACGAUACUAGCCGACAGAAAGGCUUAUUUGAAGAGGUGAAUGAACGAAGUUGACCCGCUCUCCGUUCCGUUAUUACAAAAUGGGUCGCCAAAAGCAGUAUAGUGGUAACGGUCUAGUGGAAGGCGUAUGAUCCCCUUCCCUCAGAAGGUUAUCUACAUUUCUCUGUUAACCACUCAAAGGACUUCAAGGACCCUACCACCGGACGGCACACCAAUGCCAUUGAGGCAUACUGGAGUGGACUGAAAAGGAAACUCCACGAGGGCGACCCUGUAUGUGGUCGGGCUGCGUGGGUUCACAUAGACGAAGUACAGUAUCGUCUUUGGUUUGGCCUCAAUGCCAUGUCUUUGACAGAUGCCUGCGAACUGUUCCUGUCCCAUGUUGUGCAGACUUAUCCUAUUUAAAAUGGAUUUUGAUUUGUAAUAAACUGCCAUAAUGCGAAUGUAUGCCGUAUAUUCAGGUGUACGUGUGUAACGAUGGGGAAGGUUGGGUAACAGCGACCAUCGUCCAUGUAACCUCCUGCGAUGUUCGUUCGGUCAGCCCAUGUUAGGCCGUCGGGGAAAAUCCAAGUAGAGCGUGAAAGUAGACCUGCAACCGCUGAUAUAGCCUGAAGGCGUUUGAGUCCACUGUUAAAGGUAUGCGUAAAGAUUCGAGGUCCAGACAUUGUAUCGCGUUCAUCAUCUCCCGAAGAAGACGAAGAAGAAGAGAGGGCGAAUCCAUGGACCAUAUUAUAUUCGAAGUGACGUUUCGUCUUUGGUUUGGUUCCAUGCUGUGCAGACUUAUCCUAUGUAAAAGCGAUCUUCUGUUGUAAUAAACUGUCAUAAUGCGAAUGUAUGCCGUACAUUCAGGUGUACGUGUGUAACGAUGGGGAAGGGUGGGUAACAGCGACCAUCGUCCAUGUAACCUCCUGCGAUGUUCGUUCGGCCAGCCCAUGUUAGGCCGUCGCGGAAAGUCAAAGUAAUGCGUGAAAGUAGGCCGGCAACCGCUGAUAUAGCCUGAGGGUGUUUGAGUCCACUGUUAAAGGUAUUAUUUCUAGGUAACGGAAUUUUUCUGGUGCCAUCUCCCGUUUGUUACCGAUAAAGAUUAUGACAAUGUCCUAGGCAUAACUGCUCAGAUUACGUAGUAGGCUUACAUAGUCGGGCAUUUUUGUAUUCCGAGUUAAAAUUGACAGGCGACAGUGACGAUAUACUAACAGCCAAUAUUAAAUAGGGCGAAUUAAAGCCUUGUUUCAGAAUUAUAAUUUACAAUAUCACAGUUGUUAGAGCUGUAUCUGCUGUUGUCUCUGAUGAUGGGUUCGAGUAGGAGUCCGAAACGUCACACAAAUAAAACUCUUGACCCAUCGUUUGUGUCUCCUUCUUCACGACUGCUUCCUGGGAUUCGGCUCUCUGCCUCUACUAGCUUUUAUGUAUCACAUGCAUAAAAAGUUAUUGGAAACAAGCAACGAAGGCAAAUGGAUGCUCCUGCAAGGGCGACUCAUGUGUGCCGCACAAAAGAUGGCCCACAUUACUCGUAAACUAUUCAGUAGACAUUUUGGUUAAAACCCGAAUCCUACUAUUCCACUCAGAAAAAACCAAAGCGGAUAUUUUGUUUUUACCUUUCAUGAGAAGCAAUCAAGUCGCCCCUGAUGUAAGGCAGAGUGCCUGUGCUAAGCGGUGUAUCGGAGGCUCCUGCGAGACUCUUAUUACAUACAAGUUAGAACGCCUUAAAUUACGAUCAGGACAUAGGAGAUGCCAAAAGAAACUUGGACUGGGUGCAUCUAAGAUUCGGUAGAAUGGUAGUUGGUAGCCCUGCCCACUGAUUAUACAAUUGUACUUACUGGCUCGAUUUCAACCUCUGUUAUUACGUUCUCAUUAUGUCUGGGAGUGCACGCGCAGAAGCCCUGUCUGGAUGACUUUCUUCUUCACUUUAACCGCCCCGAGAACAAGGCGCUGCAAAAAUGUCUAUAUAGACUCAUCGUAUUGCACCCCUACCCUGAAAUCUUUAGUAAAGGGCGAAAGAUUUAUCCUAGGCGGAUUAUGAUCCAUCAUGCUUCUCAUUAUGCUUCUAAUUGCAUGCGCGCACUGUGUUACCUGUAUCGGAUUCAUUUUAGAGAUACUAUCCUAGGCUGCAUACCACAGUACCCAGAUGUUACCUGAAGGCAUAACCAUCCGUGUGCUGUCGCAGUAUUUGUAAGGACAUGACCUUUCGACAUCUACAUAAGACUAUACAGGUCAGUAGUCCUUUCUGCUGGAGAUGCUGCACUAGGUAGGACGACUGGAUUAUUUCCAGGAUCCGCGAAUAAUCUGUCGGCCUAUCAACUUGCGAUCCUGCUUCCCUUCGCCUUCUAAGAGACUGACCUCUGUAAGCAGAAUAAAGUGUAAUUUCAUAUACAGAAUGCUAAUUCCUCUUUACAUUGUAUAGUACACCAUUCACGUAUAGCAAACAACUACUGCCAUGGUUUUAAUCCUAGAUGUGGCCACAGUGACAAUACACUAUUAUUUGCAGAUUUUCUCUUUCGCCCAAACAUAUUUUUCGCAUUAAAGUCUUAUCCCGCUUGCGUUAUGCCGUCCUGCGUGCCGCUACUUGACUCUCGUGUUCUCAUGUCCAUUCUGUCGGUUAGAGUACUAUCGCACAUACUGCGGAAUGACCUAAAGACACACUGCCUUCUUCCUAUUGGUUGUUCGCCUUCACUUGCUAUUCUUUCCAAUCUGGGGCAAGGAUGCAUUUAUUCCGCAUACCGAGCUAAUUAUCCAUGCUUACUUCUCUACCCUCCUUGCAUUUUUUACAUUAUUUAAAUUAGGCUUCCACUUUGCCAGGAACAUCAAUUCCAGGCAUACCCUAAAAGCGCCAUUUACGCCUCCACUCAUCUGCCCCACCCGCAUAGCUCCUAUUACCACCGGUCCCGUAAGACAGGUAGCUGGGAGUUUUCGGUACCGGGAGAGCAACCAACUACCAUCUAACCUAAGAUUCUUUUAGAAACUUUUGUCGAACCCUCCAGCUUAUAGACUAGCGGGCAUACGUUUUUUAAAUAAAACCCUAUGCCUGAUCUGUUUCGCAAUCCAAUCUUGGCCUCCGCACUAGAUGACAUAUGUGAUACAAACUGACAGAAAUAGGUGGAAACACUGUUCACGAGCGGGAAUAGAAUCAAUAAUGCCGAGUCUCGUGAUGCAUGAAAUUAAUUAGAAAUAAACAAUUUUAUAUGACAGCAUGAAAGAUUCAGUUUAGAGCGCUUGAGAAACUGGCUGACGUUCAGCUUGGAUUUAGGCGUCAGUCUUUUUUCGCUUUUUACUAGCUGCAAAAAGACGAAUAGGAGAGAAACCGUGUGAAUUUGAUUUAGAAGCUUGCAGGCUCGUUAGACGCGUGCAAUGCUUAACUAUUUGUUCAGAUUAAUUGAAUGGCCUUGCACUCAGAAAGAUGGAUUAAGCCAUAAAAUAUUGAGAUCUUCCAUGUGUCCAUCGCAAAAUCAUCGAUCGGAGGUUUGUUAACACAAAUCUCCAAACCUACCUGAAAAACUGGCAGUCUUUUCAUAAAUUCAUGUAAUGAUUGUAUUGUCACUUUCCAAUAGUACUUAUAAAUCGUUAUAUAGUGGUAUUUACUGCAGGAUAAAGUUCUUAUUUUAAAUAGCAAACAAAAUGUGUCCUUUCAUUAACGGGUAAAAGAAAUUGGGGCAUGAAAUCAACGGACAUUUUGCGCAAUUAAAAGCAAGAAACUCUGUAUGUCACAGAACAGUAUAGUUGGGAACACUGCCAACUGAAAAAUGCAUUCUCUUAAUACACAUUAGAAAAAAAACAUUAUGUCAAAAGACUGGUAUGGACUUACCAUGUGCUUUGGCUAUGAGCUCGAUAAAUGUUGUUGGUAACUUUAGUUUUUACGGCAAUUUUACAGCCCAAACUAGGCCUUGUCAAACAUAAUUUAAUAUAAUGUCAUAUGGUACGGUCAAAAAUGGCUCUAGCACAGUCAUAAAGCCAGCCUAUUGCGCCAGCUUUACUUCACAUCUAUAAGGGGACUUUAUAUGAAUGGCAGAUUAAGUUUAGGUUGACGGGGCUGUCACCAACAAUUAAUAGACUCAUAGCGACCGGGUGAACAGCCAUCGCAGAUCGAUGUGCUCCAAAUCUCGACCAGCUCUGAUCGUUUUUUUCUACCCUUUAUAAGAGCCAGGAAAGAUGCAAUUAGCAGACGUUGAGGAAAGGUGAGAUUUCGGCGUGGUGUGCAGUGCGUCUUAGCAUAAGGCAAAUCCGACGACAAGCAAGGCAAUCAAAACCAGUGGUUACUGACUUCACUGCGAUUCCUGAAAAGUGCUGGGAAAAAACGAGCCGGAAGAAGGAGAAGCUAUGCGCUUGAGGCGCAAAAAAGUGGUUAUACGUGAGGUAUUCGCGGUAACUAGCAGCGUACGCACCAUCAAGCGAGGUUUGGCACUGCUGGUUUUAGGGGCUAGAAUUCACAGGCGAAUACCGCAACUGACAAAUUACGACAAGAAGCAAAUAUUCGUGAGGCAAAAUAUUGCCUUACCUGAAUGAAUCAGUAUGUAGGAUGGUUUUCUCAGAUAGAAAGGAAUUUACUUCAGAACUACUGUUGGCAGGACUGGCAUAUACUGUCCGACACCUACGUCAGGCGAUCUAACAAGGGCGCACGUGUAACCGUCAAGUAGCUUUUUGCGAAACAUCCUGAAGUUGACGAGUGCUCAGUCAUAAAUGUAGUGGUCUUCCGCUUAAUUACCGUUUUUUCCAUCAAUUCAACAGCCAUGGCAUGCAUAUGGCAGAGAGAACGAGAUGAUAGCUUAGCCGUAGUUUGGUUACUACAGUGACCUGUUCAAUUAUAGAACGUGCCAGUCAAAGGAUCAAGUAGAUGCGGCUAUUCAGUAGGCAUGGGAUGCUUUCAUAUACAGAGAAUUUAAACAUUUGAUAACCAACAUUACUAAAUCCUGUGCUGAAAAUCUAUAACCAAGUGAAUGCCAUAUAUUCCUUUAAAGUUCACCAUUGAGAGCACGUGACGAGUAGACCUAUCGGUGCAGAACAGUCAUACUCUAAACAUUAUGCCUAUUGAAUACGAUGCCAAAUCACAUUAGGAUAAGACACAUUUGGCACUAAACGUUAUCGCCUUCUUAGUUCCUAUCCAAAAACUGGGAUCAGUCGCAAAUUCAUCGAGGCCUUGCCCUAAAGACAAGUGGUCCUAGAACCAAACUGAGAGAGACUUGCAUACAGACUGAAUUCAAAUCAAGAAACGUUAGCUAUCAAGGAGGUAGCGCACUCUAAAAUUUGUCUUUUUGCUAAAAAACAAUUCCCUGCUAAAUAUAUAAAAGCCAUGCUUCCUUCUUAGAUUAGUUGACUAACUGCCGUUGGAGGUGCUUUCCGCCUGUUUUCGCGGAUUACGACCCGCUAUUUAGCCUUUAAAGAAGUUGAUGCUUUUUAAUUUCCUCAGAAAGAACGUAAAGGAGACCACUGCGUUUGUCUGGUGUUCCAAAGAGCAAACUUUGCCAUGAACGUCGAUUAUUAUACAGCAUAAAAGCACAAAAUAUAGUCCACGUGGAACAUUAAGCUUAUCAGGUCACCACUUUGAUGUUGCGCGGGCAGAGGACGGUGGAGAUAAUAAUCAUCGCUGGUAGAAAUGCGCUCACCGAUCGCGCCACAGAACUCAAUCGUCCCGUCGUGCUUUGUAGCGGGCAGCCAUGAUGACCAGUCUGGUGUCAUUGUUCAAGACCUCGCUGUCUCAGAGAGCCGUCCACGUCGCUUAGGUUGUGCUUGCAGGGGAGAGAUGCGUUCAAGUGGCCGCAUGGGCAGCUGCGCCUGUGUGGACGGAGGUAUGCACGGGCUGUCGGUCGUGUGACUUCAGGUCAGCGUGUCUGGAUCAGCUCACUGCAAAGGGGUGAACGACCUUGAGGCAGCGAGGUCUUGAACAAUGACGCCAUACCGGUCAUGAUGGCUGCUCGUUACAGCUCCCCGCCAAAAACAGAACGAGGCUGAUUUUGACUGCGUUCAGUCAUGUCUGAGAGUCCCUGAGACAGUGGUGGCAACCGCUUUUGUGAGCUCGUGGGCCAAGCUCAAGUGGUGGCCAAUCAGCGUGCGUGUUGCAUUUGCCAAGGGGUGGUGUCCCAGUGGCUUGUUUUGCUGGUUGCAGGGGGCGGCGCGUUCUAGUGGCGCAUGGGUAGCCGCGACGCUGUGUGGACGCAGCUCGUCUGGGACGACUCGCUGCAAGGGGUGAAUGACCUUGAGACAGCGCGGUCUUGAAUAAUGACACCAGACCGAUCAUGAUGGCUGCCCGCUACAGCCUUGCGGCUCUCUUUCAAGACCCACCAGCAGUCUCACAGCGGCUAUUCAGCCGGUCCAAGCAGUAUUAAUGUUGGAUGUACAGUAGGUGGGCUAACUCAUGAAAUGCGAACAGGAAUUCCGAAAUAUGUUUUCGUUUUGAAAAGAUUAAUAAAUUAGGGUUGAAAAACAGAUCUUCAUGCAGAAUACUUCUAUAAUAAUUAAGUUACGCCAAUAUGCCGGCUUUUGAAUUAACGUCCUUCCCGCUGCAUGCAAAAACGACACUCAGUAAACAUUGGCUACUUAAGUAACAUGCAUUUUGUUCACUGAUUUUCGAUGCCAAUAAUGAUUCAAAUGUAUUUCAUGAAAAACAUGCACGAAAAUAUUCAUUCUUUCGCUCAUUCAGUAGUAAAUUACGUCUUCUUUCAAUAUUACACUUGACGGAAGGGCAUAAUUUGAUUUUAAAGAACUUCUAAUUUUUAAAUAUUUUAGUCCCAUGAAAUGGCCCUUCAUAAAACUUCACGUCUCUGCAUUUACCAAUGUGGCUUGCAGAGUUAACAACGUGGUCAAAUCUACUGCUAAAUUUUAUGAACCCUAUAUUGUCUUCCUUAUUAUCGAAGAGAAAUGUAUGGUUUUCCGCACAUAGAAAUUAUACGGCUUGCAGUUUGGGAACCCCGAACGCAAGUGUAACGACAGGUUGGGUUAAAAAUUAUUCGGGAUUGUAACAGUUUUAUAAAACCAAAUUAUACCCUUCCUUCGAGUGUAAAAUUAAAAACAGACGUAAUUUUCUACUGAAUGAGCAAAAAAUGAAUAUUUUAUGCUUGUUUUCCAGGCAACAUCAUUGCAUCUUCAAGAGAAUCGAAAAUCCAUGAAAAAGUGCAUGUUACUUAAGUAGUCUUUUUUCCAGAGUGUGGAUUGUGCAUGCAGCCAAAAAGAAAUUUGUUCGAAAGCCGGAGUCCUGGGGUAACUGACUUAUUAUAGAAUCGUCGUGUAGGAUGAUUGGUUUUACAACCCACUUGAUUAAUCUCUUGAAAACAAAAACGCAUUUCGGAAUUUCGGUCGAGAUUUUAUGAGUUAGUCUACUUAUUGUAUACCACUACUAACCUUCUAAUAAAAUUUUCAGGACUUUAUAAACGCAAGUGCCUGGACAAAUGCAGUUAUUGCAGACGCAAUAGCUUAGUUAAAAUUUUCAGCUGCCGGUUUGAUGCUUGCCUUCUAGACGUCCGCUUUGUUGGCCAGUUGACUCUUUUUCUCUCUUUCUCCUCCCAUUCUGUACAAAGUGAAACCCUUCAAUCAGUUCCUAACGAAAACGUUUGGAUAAUUGUUGCCUGUGAUAGAGCAACAUAGAGACUAAAGUAAGACUGACUAAACAAGCGACAAGCAGAAUUAUACCUGUCAACGCCACAUGUCAAUGUUUGAAUCAUCUACCCCUCGACGCCCUGUCGAUUGUCAAACACAGAUGCGAGGUUCUACGCAAUCGUGCUUAAGGUUUACCGAAAGUAGAUAAAUCCAGAAAACAAGCACGCAAAGGCUAUGUGUGCUAAAACUAAGCUAGAGUUAUUAUGCGGCUUAAUAAUAUUUUACUGGCUGUUUAGAGGUUUAGCUUAAUUUAAUUUUACGUUUUAAUGGGCGUUCGCAUGCACUGAGUUAGGAAUUUCUCCUUCUAAGUGAGUGUUCAUUAAUAUGGCAAAUCUUUCCACUUGGGCUAGUUCAGUCAGCGUUGAAUUGCACUUUACUUUGAAAGAGUCUUAAGUUUUAUCUGAGUGUGUAGCAUUCUGCACGUUAGACGGCUUUGCAGUCAGUCCAGAUCUGUUAACUUGGAAGGUUUGCGGCACUUUCUAGUUCUGGCCUACUAUCAAAUUAGUAUUAAGCUAGCCGUCUGAAUUUUGACAAUAUUCUGUCCCCUCCCAUGAAAUAAAAACUAAAAUUCUAAAAUGUAUUUUUUCUUCGAAAAGGUUGCUUGAUAGUAUUUAUUACCGUGCAGCGUUAUCCCAGGAUAUUUCUUCCACGCCAGGCUUUUUAUUUCACUUCUUUUCGGCCGGCCGCAGAAAGUGCGCUCUGUAAAAACAAACGUCUAUGUAGUAUAAAUGUUUUUCAUUUAUUUUCAAUGCUAUUGUAAAUUCCACUUUAUUUUUGGGGGAAUCUGCGCUAAAAUUUGCGUUUUUACUCAUUUGGUAAUAAACUGCGUCUUUCCUAAACUUUACACUUAAAUAAAAUAUGUCACUCGGUAUAAAAAGCGUUCCCAAUUCCCGGAUAUUUUUGACUUAGUCAACCGUUACAUUCGCAUUCAGAAUUUCAAAUCUACAUAAGGUAUACUUUUUGUGCAAGGAGAAUUUUCCAUUUUUACAUGCCACUGAAAAGACAUCAUAUAGUGCUGAGGAAAUUUCCCAAUGAAUGUGGACGUGCUGAUGUGCUGCUACAUGGUUAAACAUUUUGCAGUCUUAGUAAACUCAUAACCGGAAACAUUUCAAGACCUCAAGACACGCCAUUGUGCAUGCUUUCUAUAAAUAUAUAUCUGAAUUUGCAAGGGCGCUGAUUGUCAGUGGGCAGAAAUCACACUACAUAAUAAGCAUUUUUGAGGGUUUAGUUUUUCAGAAGAUGAAGAUGCGAUCACCGGAACAAGAAAUUGAUUUGCCUGACGUUUCGGAUCCUCACUCGAAUCCAUCAUCAGAGACAUUCGCAGAUCAAGGUGAUGGUGGCACCAGGAGUGCAGUAUUUAUAGCACGUGGCUGCCGUGGGACCGUAUGCGCACUGCAAUUAACAGUUCUCGUAAUCACCGCUGGGGUCGUAAUUGAUGCGGCGGUGGCUUGGCGGUCCGAGUCCGAGUUGUUAAUGGCCGCGAUUUCGUCAUCCGUGCUCGAUGCUGGUGUGACGAUUGCUCGGCAAACUGGCUCACUGUCACCGUGAUAAUUGCUCAUCCGCGCCCUCCCCACGUGACUGAUUCUCCUGCCCAGGGAAAAUCGCAAUACGGAAUAGGCCACCGGGAGGUCAUUGUGUUUGUUGAUGGAUUGCGGGCCUGAGAACCAUGACUCGAGCAGCUCGCGGCUCACGCGGUUGUCACCCCUUGCGAGGAUUUCGGCCUCUUGAAAUUUGAAAAUAUGGCCGGGUCCCGUCGAGUGUGCCGCCACCAGAGAGUUAGCGUCUCCCCGCCUCACUGCUGCUGCGUGCUCGGCAAGUCGCGUACGGAGUAAUCUCCCAGUUUCUCCGACAUAAUUGCUUUGUCCGCAACUACACCAGAUCCGGUAAAUGACUCCAGACGUGUCCUGCCGUGGCAGCGGGUCUUUUGGCCUCAUGACUUUGCGCCUAAUGGUUGCUUCCGGCCUGUGUGCAACCCCAACUCCAAGUGGAGUGAGAAGACGACUGACGGCUUCCGAGACGUUCUUCACGUACGGAAGAGCCCGCCAAAAUUUGGGUCCGGUUGGAUUUGGUCUCUGGUGUCCUUUUCGUAUGCACUGGUUGACAAAGUUGCGCGGAUAACCAUUGGCUCUCAUUACCCGUCGAAGAUAUUGUAGUUCAGCAACCUUGUCUUCCAUUUCACUGCAGUGCGUCUCAACGCGCCGGUAUAGCGCCCUUACGCAACUGCGUUUGUGACUGAUCGGGUGGUUGCUAUUGAAGUUCAGUAUUUGCGUCGUAUUUGUCGCUUUCCUAAACACUUUGGUUUUUAGGCCACCAAAAUCUUUGCGGCAGACGAGGACAUCCAGGAAGGCCAGCUGAUUGUUUUCCUCCUCCUGCAUCGUAAAUUGAAUGUCCGGGAAGACGGCGUUGAGUUUUUCUUUGAACGUCAGCACCUGAUCCCGUUCGAUGACGACGAAGGUGUCAUCCACAUAUCGAGCCCAAAAUUUCGGUCUGUGGUGUCGGAAAACCAGCGACUCCAGCCGUUGUAGGACCGCCUCGGUUUAGUUUUUGCCGACGGCCGACAAAACCCUCGUUCAAAAAUCGGUAACCCGUUGUGAUUGAAAUACCGCAUGACAGGGAAUAUUGCAGCCCUGCAAAUGUAGUAUUUUCGAGUCGAAAGCACACUCCCAGGAUUUCAGCAGUCAGCAUUUCUUUCGGUAAGCCAAUGCCCAACAAAAGAGAGCAAUGACGCCAGAUUAUGUUCCAUCGGGUGUUUACCAGGUGAAUUGUUUUAGACACUUUUAGAAAAUCUCACUGGAUCCGUAAGGAUGUUUCUGACCUAUUUGAACGAACUGAUAAAAUACCCAAUUAAGAAAAGCUUUAUUUUUAAGCCGAUAGCGACAAAAGCUUUUGACUACAGCCAACUUGGCCCAGCAGAAACUUUUUUAAAACCUAAUUAUACUCCUUCCUUAAGUAUAAAAUAUAAAAUAUCAAUAGAAAAUCGCAUCUUCUUUAUAUUUUAUACUUAAGGAAGAAGUAUAAUUAGGUUUUAAAAGAGUUUCUAAUUAUAAGACUUUUUAAGACCGCGAAAUGUCCAUUCAUAUAGCAUCGUACCUGGCCGUUUACCACUGCUCCUCAUGAAAUGUACAACAUGGUCCGCAUCCAUUGCAAAAUUUUAUGAACUCUGUAUGAUAUCUCUUUAAUGAUAUAGAAAAAUGUGUGAUUUUCUUUACGCGAAACGCAUGCACCUUGUAGAGUGAAAGCACUAGGCGCUGAUGUAAUGAAUGAUCAGGCUUCGAUUUAUUCGGCAAUUAGAACAUUUUUUAAAACCUAAUUAUACUCCUUCCUUAAGUAUAGAGUAUAAAGAAGACGUGAUUCUCUAUUGGUUGACUAAAAGAAAGCAUAUUUUUAAUUAUGGUUUCUAUAAAAUAUAUUUGAAUUUGCAAGACCAUCGAAAAUCAAUGGGAAAAAUGCAUGCUACUUAAGUAGUCAUUUUUUACCGAGCACGAUUUCUACAGGAUAUUGAAAAGAAGUGCAUUUAAAAGCCGACAACCUGCCCAGUCUGAUAUGUUAUAAGAGUAUGUCUUAAGAUAAUCAGUAUUCCAACCGCGACCAAGUAAUCCUUCCUAACCGGAAACGCAUUUCAGAAUUUCAGCCAACAUUUCAUGAGAUAGGUCACUCACUGUAAGCUGCUGUGAUUUUGAAGCUCACCGAGUUCUCCGAGAUCUUAAGUCAAAUUCUGAAAAAACAUUCAUUUAGGCAUUUGAAAAGUCAAAGCCAUUACACUUACGCUUUCUUUUUUGCCUCAUCAAAUGCGUACAGUAAUUUGUGUCCCUGUAUGGCACAUAUUCAUGCCCACAUUCCACCACGUCACCGUACUAUGACGACACAAAAACACAGCCUAUAGACAUCCUUCCUCUGACCGCAGAACUAGAGCCUGGUUUCUCCUUUUUUCUCUGGUAUGUCCAGCCACCCCUAAAAUGUCGCCCCUAUUUUCUGCCACUUGCUGGUUUUUUACUUCUCACUUACCUACCUGGGCUUAUAUCACCGCAUAGAUUCAGGGACGCUGAUAUACAUGUGGAUUAAGUAUUUCUGCGUUAUGGUAAAAUUGAACGAUGCUGAAUAAUUGAUGUGGAGUGCAUUCCCAGUUGAUACAAUGAGAAAGUGAAGGCUCUUCGGAAAAUUGAGUUGUGUUCGUAAAUUUUCAAGUCGGUGACACCGACCCGUCGUCAUACGAAAUGAACAGAGGGGAAAGUGAAAUCGGCAGACUAGGUCGGCUGGCGCGACAGGACAGACAACGACAGACAGACAUCUGAUGUGUGAGGGGGGUGGGCACCUAGUUAUGGUAGGCCGUGGGGCAGGGGGAGGGAAGGAAGAACCGUUAGGGCUCCCAGUGUUGGAGGUGCUGAAAACGCGGGGGUGGAUUGCGAAUCAGUGGGAAUGCGGGCGGCUGGUCAAUGAUGCGGGAUGAGGUCAGGGGGCAAUGCGCCGGCGUUGGAAGUGUUAGGUGGGGUUUCGGUUGUUGUUCAGCUUGUCGCAAGGGGGGAGAGCGGAAUGGCGAAACAGCGUACGUCUAUGUGGCCGAGUGGGGGUUAGCAGUUGUUGGGGUGUGGGAACAAGACAGCGAGCGUGUACGUAAGCUCUCGUAGUGAGCGUCUAGAUCGACGUGGCGGUUGAUGCUGGUCGUGCCAGAAUGCCAAGCUUCGAGGAAUUCUCGCGCCUGCCUUUGCGAUCACUUCAGUACCGUCCCAAAUGAAGCGGUGGUCAUGCUUAAGGGCGUGCGCAAACACGAGGGACAGAGGGUCACGUCGGCGGAGGGCCAACUUGUGUACGUUAAUGCGAGUCUCAAGACAUCAACCUGUAUGGCCAAUAUGAACACAAGGGCAGUUGGCGCACGGUAUGCGGUGGAUGACGUUACGUAGUUGUUCUUUGGGCACCGGGUCCUUUACUCGGCAUAAUGUCUCGCGUAGGGAAGAUGCGGGCUUAUGGGCAAUGGAGAUGCCAAAGCGUUUUAUUUGCCGGGAGAGUGCUUCAGAGAUUCCCUGGAUGUACGGCAGUGAAUAGAAUUUCUGCGACGCUCUAUCUUCAUGAGACUCGGGGUUUGGUAGUUAUCUCUAGCGUCUGAGACAGUUCUCUACAAAACUGGCAGGAUAUCCGUUGGAGCGGAAUAACCGAUGUAAGUAGGCCAAUUCUUUCUUAAGUGAGUCAUCUCUGUUGCAGAUGCGAUAGGCCCGAUUGAAAAGAGUGCGGACACAGCUUCGUUUAUGGGCCGCAGGAUGAUUGCUCCCAUAUUUGAGUAUGAUUUCGACACUAGAGUCUUUUCUGUGGACACUUGUCGCUAGCUUGUCAUCACUAAGUCUUUGUAUGCUCACAUCUAAGAACGGGAGGGUAUCUCCUGUUGCUUCUUCGCAAGUAAACUGUAUAGCCGGGAAGACGCUAUUUAAGCUAUGAUGCAAUCGCUCAACUUCCAAGGUCUGUGUGAUGACAAAUUUGUCGUCCACGUAGCGGAGCCACAUUUUAGGUUCGAAGGUUUGCACAAUAUCCUGUUCUAGUUGCUGCAAAACUAGUUCUGCAUGCAGCCCUGAUAUUGGGGAGCCCAUUGGGGUGCCCUUUAUUUGUUGAUAGUACUUUCCAUCGAACUGACAAUAAUUCUUGAGGCAAAGCUUAAGCAUGUCUAGAGCAUGGUCUGUUGGAAUGCCAAUGGGACUUUGCUCUAGACAUCAGGCUACGCUGUCAAUCGCUAGAUCAUGCGGUAUUGAAGAAAACAGGGCAACAACAUCGAAAGAUAGGAUGCAUUCGUCAGGACUUACUUCAAGGCCUUGGAUCGUUUGUAGGAAAGCCUAAGAAUUUUUGAUGCUUUAUAGCGAUCCAUUUGCGAGGUGUUUUAAGUGUCUGUAUAACCACUUGGCAAGGUUUUAAGUAGGAGAUCCAAUAAGUGGCACAAUGAUCCUCAGCGGCGCAUCUGUCUUGUGCACCUUCGGACGGCCGUACGCACGUGCGAUACGGGGGUCAUUGAGGAUCAUAUAUCUGCUGUCAUCGGGGCUUAUGAGCUUCAAUCGGGUAAGCUCAUUCACUUUCUUCCUGAUAAUCGCGGCUUGCUUUUUCGUUGGGUCUGCAGCGAGUGGCGCAUAGGCUAUAUGCAUCAAGAGAUUGAGGCGUUUGUCUACCAUAUGUCAUUUUGGAGAGCGGCGGCGAGAUCUAGAUGGUUUAGUGUAAGCCAACACUAAUAACCCGUGUUACUUUGUCAUCAGAUUAUUCAUUGUAAAGACUCGAAAGCAUUAGAGGCGGUUUGGUAUCAAACACAACGGAACUGAAAUCAUCUCUUCUGCUUAAGCUGUCAUCAUCUGCUUGACCGGAAAACAACUCAUUGGUUUUAAGACCUAUGAACACACAUUGGCAUUUUAUCUGGAACCGGACUACCUGUGCACUACUUUAAAGCCCAUUAAAGCAUGGCUUGCAAUAAUGCCGCCGAAAAAUUUUCAUGGGCGAAUUGUCUUACUGGCAAAUGAAGUUCAGUGACUGAUAUAGAAUAACGGCUAAAAUACUUAAGAUGUCAAGAACGGGCUACUCCAUGACCGAAAUGCUGUACUGCGAAUUUUUUUGAAUACUGUGUAGGCACCACGGCACUAGGGUAUAUGUAAACUUGCCGGUUUUCUAGAAAAAUGUUUCGAACUCGUUGCCAGAACCACGCUUUAAGCAGCAGUGACGGCAUGGCCAUGGACAGGUAACGAUAUCCACUAAGUGAGCGUAGUUUAAAGAUUUUGCAUAAAAUCUCGGCGGUUUGUUGUAUUGGAAGGUCAUACAGAGCGUGACUUGGCAAACUAUUCAGCCAAAGUCUGUUGACAGUUGAUUUUUGUCUAGUAUAAAGUACAUUUGGAAACAAGACUCUUUGUACUUAUUCCAAUAAGAUAGUUUCACAAUAAAUUGUUUGCAUAACUCUACAAACGACGCACGGGUGAUAAAUCAACAAUCCAAGGUUAUUUAUCGUUAUUUUAUUGUUUUUAUUACAUAAUACAGCGUUCUGAACGGAAUAUACGAUUUUCUCAACAGAGGCAUAGUAAAACGAAUGACUUUCACUUGCUGGAUACAUAUAAAAGUCCCUAACGAGAUUAAUUGGCGGUUUUGGACUGAACAAACGGGAAUGUCCUAGACCUUUUACUUUAAAUCAUCACCUACAAUAUCUCGGUACGUUCUCAUCUGAUGUCGUGAAAAAAAAGAGUUUUGCAAUGCUUUGCACCUAGCACCGUUUCAAACAAGUGAGCCGGUUAUACCAAAGUCGGUAGUAGUUUACGUAUAUUGCAUGCAUGCUUGGUAAAUCCUAAAAUGUUAUUAUUGCCUUCUAAAGAGUUUCAUCAAAACACGGUUUGGCGACCGUUCUAUGGAAUUAUUGAAAUAGUCCUUAGACGUCCUUUCUUUCUCAACAGAUGUAGUUAAACAACCUUCCUUUUUCAAAUAAGCAGUGCGUCAAAAGAAGUAAGUAGAAGACUUUUAAUAAGGUUUUAGAUAACUUUUCAAACUGCAGAUUUAUAAGAUAUUCUGCUGAAAAUGAAUCCCCCAGUAGAAAGCCAAUGGCCACUUCGGUUAUUUAAGGAAUUAAAUGCAGUCAGCUGUUCAGGAUGUGCGUAGAUGGUGACUACAAGAGUUCACAGAUGGUCGAUGGUUGAAUUAUCUUCAUCAAGGAAUCUGACAGAUGUUACCGAAUUCAUACUUCAACAAGGCCACUGUAUGGUCGUCAAAUUUCAUACGACAGGUAAAGUUAGCCCAAAACCUGCUCAUUUUCAAAGAGUACCAUUUGCGUAAAUACUUAUUUUAUGACAAAAACCGCUUGCGAGUGAAAUCACACGUCGUUAUAUACAAAUAUUCAUCUGUUCAUAAAACUCCAUAUAAGGCGAAUAUAAAUCCGCCUAUCAAGUCCGUCGAUGAGUCUUAAAUUUUUUCUAGUGUUGAUGCCUGACCCUUCGGAACAAUUUAAUUCCUCUCUGUCUUUUCGUCAAGUAAUUAUAUAAAGCAGUGGUUCUGACCUCUGGCAUGCGAUAAAACGCACUCUUUAGGCGUCAAUUUGAGUAAAUCUUCUUAUAAUGAAAUAUGUGGAGUAAAUGCAUCAAAAACCCCAGAAUAGAAGCAAGCAACCUAUAAUUAAGUGGGGACGCGAACAACCUACUCAGAAUUGUAUUGCGCUAGUUAGAAAAACCAAUUGUCCUGAAUAGAAUUUGAAUGUCGAACGCGUGAAUAUCUGUUAACUGAUAAAAUUACUUUUCAGAAUGCCAUGUAAGCACAUAAGCAUUUCUGGACAAAUACACUGUAAAACUUAAUUUGCUAUUCGGUCAUGUAAACUCCAAAUUGCCUGGCACUCAUCAGCUGGCUUAAAAAUGACAGGCUAACAAUACAUUCUUUCUGGGACAAGGUCUGAUGUGACGAGCACAAUUUCCCCAGUGUUGGCAUCGCAGUGAAAAAGAGCUGCAAAGAGUCACAUUUCGAGGCAGCAAUUUCUUACAUUUUUUAAGCAGACUAAAACUCUCACCUGAUAAAAUGUUUUUGGAUUACUCUAGCAGGCAGAUGUCAGUGGAUAAAUUGCCUGGGGAUCAUUUUAAGCGAAUAGUUUCCCGAAGAUGCUGGACUAAUUAAUAGCGCGCGAUUAGUUGUUAACGGUUCCAGAGGUAAUGUUAUCGCGGUUACUACCAGACGGGUCAAAGUGAAUUUGGAACGGGUUAUUUUGAAAAGAGUAAAUGGUGACUGCACUCACGAAGUGAAGUCAAUCCAACAGAACAGCCUGUAACGGAUAUCAGCAUCGGACGCUCUCUAUUCACCUUGACUGUAACAUUUAUUUUCAAAAUCAAAAAAAUCAGGACAGUUCCUAGCUUUAGGACCAUACCAGUUUCAAGACCCAGAUUUAGUUGAACAUUAUUUGCAACCCAAAACGUGGACAGGGAAUUUAUCAAUCUAGACAUUGUUUUCUCUAAGGUACUGCAUCCCACUUUAGAGAAUAUCAUUAUGGUGACGGACACUUUCGUGGGCCAACAGACAACCAUAUAUUAGUGACAUUUUAAAUAAAGAUCUUUAGAUGAUAGUUAUAAUUUUGCGGACAGCUUGAGACCUAUUAUCAGGAAGUAAACCAUCUGGCAGAGUUCGCAUCGAAACAUGUAAACGACAUGUAAAAACAAGGGAUGAAAAUAUAAAUGUAUAUGUGAAAGUGAAAUGAACGCCUUCCAUGAAAAAACCUAAAAUAAGAUGCAAUUUUUCUUAAACUGGCCUUACAAACACGUUUCUUGUCAGGUUUUUCCUAGAAGUCUACUUUAUGUUCUGUAAUUAUUAAAGACCUCUGAGAGUGCUACUCACUACUGAAAAGGUACGGUUACAGCCCAUCUGAUCUUCGUAUGUAUCCGGAAGAUGCUCAGACAAUUGGCGCCGUACUGACAUAUUUUAGUGUCUAGGGGUUGUCCUUCGUGCUAAUCAAUUCCUGCGUCAUUCUUUUGUGAGCAUCUGGGUCGCAAAGCAUGCCUAAAACUUUGGGUGCUUGCCCAUACGCUUCGGCGUGUCAUAUUCCAUCUUGCUAAUAUCUGUUGUUAUCGGAAAGUGGAAAAAGGUGCAUCUACAGUACUUAUAUGUGGAGUUUGGCUUUGUUGAUUUUUCGAUUUAUGGAUUUCAUGAAGUGCAGCCUCGCGCGUAGUUGUUCCUGUUCUUCACUUGUACAACACACUUCCCUUAAAAAAGAGGGACGUAAGAGUCUACGUUGCUAAACUAUCUAUAAGGAUACGUUUAUGAGCUCUUCACUGAUUGAAUUUGCUACCAUCCCAAUCAUUACAAUAGUUCAUACAUUUCAAAAUGUCAGACAUGACUCGGGGAGAAACCAAUACUCACGAUCUCAAAAUUAUAAUUUUCUUGAAAGGAUUAACAAAAUAGCGUUCUUCUGCGCAGCGCAUCUGUGGACGCCGGAACUUAGAGGAGCGCGAGAUUUUGAAAGGCACUUUGUCAAGUUGAAAACCCCCUUCUCGAUCUUUAAACGACAUUGUCAACGAACACUGUCUCGCCAAUAUAUCGAUGAAGGACAUAAAUUAUUCUUUAAAAAUAGGAUAAAAUAUUAGAACUAGCCUAGAACUCUCGAAAAAUAAGUGAGCAAUUUAAAAUGGAAUGCGUGACAGUUGUUUUCUCUGCCACAAGCAAGUGGAUGUGGUUUAAAUAAUUUUUGCGACCAUUCCACAUGCACUUUAAAGGACAUAAUCGCCAAUCGAUUACAAAUGCAGCUUGCAUAAUGAUAGGCUGUCUGAGACAUCAACUUCUCAUAAUUGCCUCCUUUAUUUCAAAAGGACGGAAAGCCGUGAUCCCGUUGAAGAACCAUUCUUUUUCAAUGCGUCAUUUUUUCUGCCCUUCUGCGUACUUGGGCUGUCGAAAAUAACUUAAGAUACAAAGUUCCGGAAAACCCUACAUUUAGAUCGUGAGCCACAAACCUGGAAACAGCCGUGCCUCAGAUUAUUUACGUUUUAUUUACCGCGGGCGUGCUAAGAGGCGGAAGCAAGAUCCUCAAAAAAAUGCCCACCUUCGUUUUGCAAAUGAAUCUCAAUCAAAAAUGAAAGCCAUCACCUGGUCCUCAUGUUCCAUUCAAGUGCAACUGGGUGACGCAUGCUUUCUAGACAGACGACUGGAAGCAAACUGAUGAAGGCAUCAAUUUCCGAUUUAGUAUUAGAGGAAUUCGAGAAUAAUUUUGCAUACCGCAUUCCGCUUACAUAGGCUUCCAUUUCGGGCGACGUAGAUGCGAGCUGUUGAUUUUAACGGUUCCGGGCAUACAAUCAGUUCUCUCUAUUUCAAAUGGUGAUUUCUGUAAGAAGACGUUCUUGCCUACUACUAUGAACUUUUAUCCGUUUUUAAGUCUCUAUCGCUGAACCUAGCAGUGUCAGCCCCAGGUUAUACAUAGUUUGCGAAGAUAGUGACUGCUUUUCAAGUAUCCGUGACACUAUUUAUGAUGGAAAACAACGCGGACUGCCUGUAUCAACUAAGAUGCAUGUUAUUACAAACUAUGUCUGUUUUUGACAUUGAUGAAACUAUAUUUGGUCCUUAGUGAGAACGUAGCAGGCUCGUACAAUGCAGAAAACGAAGACUUGAAGUAGAGUCGUCAGGAGCGGUUUGCAGCCGUCAAAAGCAACAUCUGUUUAAGGGCUCCUUCGUUUGAUGCUCCCAUAAGUCUUCAUAGAAGCAGUCAAAGUGCGUCACCCCUAAUUGCCGUGUUUAGACCAGCGUGAGGUUGCUAACGGCUGAUACAAAUUGAAAAUGAGUUUACUUUACUGCUAAGAAAAAACUUAUUUGGAUCAAUAAAUUAGAUUAAAAAGCCGUCAAUCGAUGGACGAGGGGUUCAACGUAGGGUUUUAGUUUGAAAACUCCGCCUGGAGUAUAGUUGUAUGUGUGCCAAGGUGUUAUAGCGGAAGCUUUUUUACAUACCUACUACUUCCUGUGUUGAUAACGGCAUUGAUCAUUAAUAUCUACAACGUCCCUACUUGUUGCCUUCGAAAUCAGCGAAAGCUUGACAGGAAGUCACACUGAAUUUUGUCGACAUUAACGUUGCGACAGAAUGAUUUGCAUUUUGUCAAUUUCAGAGGAGACUCUAUUUCCGAAAAAACCUGUUCACAUUAGUUUAAACAAUUUGCACAAAUUACGAGAUUUUUGUGUAGGCCUAAUAUCCUCUAGUAUUUAAAACAAGGCCACUGAUAGUACGAAGGAGUCAUCACUGAUAAGGGCGACUGUGUCUGAUGAUGUGUGCGGACGAGAAUCCGAAACGCCAAGCCAUUCGCCACCUUCGUUUUUAGUCAUUAAUCUCGUGUCCAACCGUCUUUCGUUUUUGUAUGCAAAAAACGGACAUUUUCCGAACGUCUCGAAUGCUUUCCUAUUUUCGUUCGAACGACUUUACCAAAAAAGGAAUAUCGACCCUUUUUAUAAGUUAGAAAGUGGGCACUUUCAUUAAAACCACUCUGAAAUUUUUAGGAAGAACCACAAUCAGAAAGUCAUUGUUUGGCGACUUUGGGAGCACUGCUUCGUGCGGCAUGUUUGGACGGGUCAAUAUUAUUACCUUCGAAUCCCAGCUAUCGGCAAUGUUGUCUGGCUUUUUAUCUAGCAGUGUUAAGUAGUGCAGUCCACCUAUAAAGACAAGACAUAACACAGUCGGUCGGCAAAAUGAAAGCGCUGGGGUCUGAUGCGUAGGUAUCGUUAAAAUGCAGUAGUCCUACAGGUACACGCGGUACGAUUUGCUAUAAUCACACCCUCGCAAAUUUGAUUGUUUGCCGUCGUUACAACAAACUAAAUAACCCACUCAACUGUCGCUUAUUCUAACAGGCAAAUAAAUUGAGAACGAGGACUAAUUGAUGCUUUUAUAAGGUAUAUAUUAUCAAUCUUGAGAAAGCUUAACCGGUAAUGUGGCAGUAACCUUAUUUGUGAGACACGACAUUAAAAAUUGGAAAUUGAAAAAUACUGGUGGAACAAGUACUUGGAUUGGAAUUAGGAUAAAAAUUGACGAGACAAAUUUUCAUAAUGUCGGAAAAACUGAUUACUAACAUCGAUUAAAAGGCUUUGCAUGGGAUGACCGGAAGACGGCCUACCGAUCAAUUGCUGUACCGAUUGAAAGUGCGCCAACACUGAAGGUUGACAGUCAUUGACCUUUCGGUAACCUAUAAUUCAGUAGAUUUACCAUAAAACACUCGCAUCUUUUUAUCGACAGCUUCCUCUCCCAAUGCCUUCUCUUAUCCCCUUCCUGAUUGUAAGCUGAAAAGGGAGUCUAGGACGUAAAGCGAUUCAAGUUCUCAUUCCGACGAUCCAACGUGUUUUACAAAAAACUCUUAGGUAAGAUGCGGUUUGGUAGCCCAACCUAAUGGACACGAUGCCGUUGGGGUUAAGGGCUAGGAUAGUUAGGGGUUAGUGCAACUAUUUUUCAACCACUCAAAGUAACCCGCGCAUUCCCCAAUGCUUUUCCUUUUUCAUACAAAUCUUUGGACUCGUCGUCUUUGCGUUCCUCGGCCCCACCUGUAGAAAACCCUAUUACCAACGGUCCCGGAUGACUGGGGUUUGUUUACUUCAAGUGGGGCUACGUAACCACAUCCAACCAAAUCCUAUAAAUGGUUGUUUUGGAAGAUUUUGGAAUAAUUCAUUUUGACACAUCUGGGCAAAACUCUGUGAACUCGGUAAGAUUUGAAUCCACGACGAGGGAAACGUUUGAGUGCAUCUAACGCUGCCUAGACUACGAUAUCCCUUGCUGUCAUGGGUUCGAAUCCCGCCGACGUCACGGACUUUUACACAGUUGGGUCAAAAUGAAGAACAACUGGCAGUCCCUCCCUACUGCGGUCAUCAUAUGCUUAGAAUGCGCCCACUUUCGCUAUGUCCGGCGGGUCAGGUUUCAGUUUUCAUACAGUCGUUGUGGUUGUAGAUGUUAUAACAGGAAAAAUCAAAUCCUCAGAUUAAAAGUUGCAAAGACGUCGGAAAGUCGAUGUAAAACACAGCCUGAAACCGAAAAGUGUCUGCUGUUUAAGUUUGCAGCACCUUAUAUAAACUUUGUAGCGUAAACCUGCGUGCAAGUAGCUUCACUUAGGCUUUUUCUGUGGUCUUUUGACUGACUCAACAGAAACCCGGGUCACAAUUGAGUCGAACCUUAUUCCGUAGCCGUGCCUGCAGAAGACAAGCCCCAAUCGCCUGUCGUACGCGGCCGGCGGUAAUAAGGGGUUUAACCCUAACCCCAACCCUUAACCACAACCUCUAACCCUAACCCCUACCCCUAAAACCUUACCGUACCCCCUAUCUCUAGUAUUAAGUCCUAACUCCUUGCCCCAACCCUUACCCCUAACCCUUAAGCCCAGCUCUUCAACCCUUAUGCCUAACCCCUAAUUCCUAACCCUUAGCUCCGACAGUCAAAGCUAUAAGAUUAGAUUUUGCCCACAAAAUUGAUUUGGAAAAUAUUUUGUCCGUGAAUAAUACUGCGAUAUUCAAACUACUCAUGUGCUUUAUGUUUUCAUGCACAAAGGAGCAGAUGCAAGUGAAAUCUGAUAAGAAGAUCAGAAGAAGAUAAGAUAAGAAGUUCUGCAAGAAGAUAAAUAGGUGGCUAAGCUCCGGAUCUUAACGGUGAGCGUGGCCUAGCUGGCGAAUGCGCGAGUAGAAUUCGGCUGAAUGGGUUGGUUUACUUUUAAAAUCACCCUUCCACGAAAACAUUGCCUGUCUUUUUGUUGUUUUCCAAAACGACUGACAGCCACAAUUCUAAACUUAUAAAUUUCAAGAACUCAAUUAAUGUCCCCGCAUAGUCUACUGUUAUACAUGCGCACAUAUAUAUAUAUAUAUAUAUUUCAAAUUGUAGCACCGCCCAGUAUCAUUGGAAUUCAGACACACAGCAGGUUCCCAGACACAGCAUCGGCCAAUAACAGCCUGCUCGACCCCGUCCUCUGUAAAAAGAAUCCCAACUGUCAGUGGCUGCAGGCUGCGGCCUCCCGCCGUCGACGUCCCGCAGAUGGCACUUUCAGGCCAAUCUCACAUCCAUCCCUACUUCCCAUCUCUCUGUUUCUGCUCGUUUUCCUUUUCACAUAA